CGAAACUCACUGUGCGCGGCUCGUUUGUUUGUAAACAAUUGCAGCAAUAUUGAAUCAUCCUUCGUUCCUGUAUUCACAAUUUAUUCGAAUCGCUGAACAGUUUGAUUCGUCAACUUUCCUUUCAAAUGAAUUGGAACCUGCUAUUAGUGCUAAAGCAUGUAAUCUUGUGUUGUGUUUGUGUGAUCGGUGAUAAACUGGGUGAAUCCGCGCAGAAGCCGGCUCUUGUGCGAGCCUGCAUUGACAAUGCCACGCACGCCUUUAUCGGGUGCAUAGUCGCGGAGCUGGUCCUUUUCAACUUCAAACAUCAACUUACGCGACACGAGUACUCCUGGCUGCUUUUCGUGGCAACUAUUAUUUCAUCAUGCAUUGAUUUGGAUCAUUUCAUAGAAGCAAAGUCAUUCAGACUGCAGGAUGCCACCAAUCUCGACCGAAGACCAUUUCUUCACAAUUCAACGAUAUGUGUAGUAAUUUUUAUCUUAUUUAUCCUUACGAAGCGCGCUAGCAAUCAAUUGCGUAUGUUGAUUGCGAUGGCUUUCGUUGCAUUUAGCACGCAUCAUUUACGUGAUGCAACAAGGCGUGGAAUAUGGUUUAAAUCGCCUUUUCAGAACAGCAGCAGUUCGGCAGUUCCUUAUGUACUAUACAUUGCGUAUGUUAAUAUCAUUCCAAGUGUGAUCGUUUAUCUGUUGCAAACAACGGGCAGCAGCACCGUGCCAAAAAUGAAGCUAGUCGAGGUGGUGUAGAUUAAGUUGGGAGAAUACAAUGUGAUUGGAAAUAGAAAAUUAAUUUUAAAUAAAUCAAUUAUGAUAUUCUAUA